AUGUUCGCCCUCUCUUUCUUCUACGUGCUGUCGUCGAUGCUCCUCUUCCGAGGCGUGCUCUCUGCCCCUGCAUGUGAGCUGAGCUUGGAGUCGCGCUCCACCUCCUCCACCUCCCUUUCCAAGCGUGCUGUACCUGCCGCUCCCCGUUUCGUGGUCUACAGCGACAAGUUCGUCUCCGGCCUGACCGGCCCACCUCCCGUGUCUGAAAUCGCGGGUUUCAACGUCUUCGCUCUGUCGUUCCUGCUCCUCUCGGGGCCCGCGGACAAGGCGGUCGAGUGGACAUGGCUGACCGCAGACCAGCGUGCUACCGUCAAGUCGCAGUACGCUGACGCGGGGGUCAGCCUUGUCGUCUCCGCGUUCGGCUCCACGGACGCGCCAACGUCCUCCGGGGCGGACCCCGUGGGCACGGCGAACACGAUGGCGGCGUGGGUGAAGCAGUUCGGCCUCGACGGUAUCGACGUGGACUACGAGGACUUCAACGCGAUGGACGCGAGCGACGGGAAGGCGGAGGCGUGGAUCGCGAGCUUUACCCAACAGCUGCGCACGCAGCUCCCGAAGGGACAGUUCAUUCUCUCUCACGCGCCGGUUGCUCCUUGGUUCUCCGUUAACAAUUUGUUCUCGGCUGGGGCCUAUCUAAAGGUCGACCAGACGGUCGGAGACCUCAUUGACUGGUACAAUGUCCAGUUCUAUAACCAGGGAACCACUGAGUACACCACCUGCGACAACCUGCUGAACACGGCGGGCGGAGACUGGCCCGGCUCUGCUCUCUUCGAGAUCGCCGCAGCAGGCGUCGACCUCAACAAGCUUGUCAUUGGCAAGCCCGGCAACAACGCGGGCGAUGCGGACAGCGGCUUCAUUGCCCCCGCUACGCUCGCGGGCUGCGUUGCGCAAGCAAAGGCCAAGGGAUGGGAUGCGGGCGUCAUGUCCUGGGAGUUCCCGGACGCGGCCGCAUCGUGGAUUCAGACUGUCCGCGCGCAGGCGUUCCCCGUCUGA